GCCCAGUCGGACGUCUGAGUGAGUAUUCGUGAAGAAUAUCCGCGCUGUUGGUGUAAAGUGGAUCUGUGUUCUCAUUCCUGCCGAUUUGCAUAUUGAAUAUUGUUUCGAGGAGUUACGCUAUAGAGAUAUGAGAGUAGUUUUGAGCGCAUUUUGCCCUGCUUACGAACCCGUACAGUUCUGAGCGAUUUCGCUCUUCGCCAAACGGUCAAUGGUCGAUGGUUGUGAUAGCUGUGAAUUAAAUUUGAAAGUUCAAACUGGCGGUAGGUAACCAUCGACUGCAAUGAGGCGCACGAGAUUUACCGCUGCUGACUGAACUAGUUUAAAGCUUACGAUGAAGUAAAUCACCCUGAAUAAGUGAAAAGUGCUCUAAUAAAGAGUAUAUAAUCAGCGAAACAAAACCGGUGAUCUUAAGACAUGGAAUGAAACAUCGAUAGUUAAAGAACAGUGAAUGAAACAAGUGGAAAAACGCGUCAAGAAGUUCAUAGAAAUAUUACAGAGUAGCAUAAUUGAAAGAAUGAUUGGUAUUAGAAGUAUAAUCACAGAAUAUUAGACCGAAAACCAAGUGAAAAGAGAAAAGUAAUCAACAACUUAAUUGCAACCAGUCACCACAGUCGGCAUGAGUGGUGUAAGAGGCUUUCUAGUGCUUUGUGAAUAUCAGUGUCAGUAACUUAAAAAAAACGGUUGUUUCGCACCAAUUGAUGUAAAUCAAUCGGCAAUCAAGUGUGCCAAAAUGAAGAUUACGUGGAUGAAAUAUUUGCUUGUGAUUGCGGUUUUCUUCGCACCAAUCAAAGCCCAAGAGGAUUCCUUGGCCGGCAGCUUUCUUUCAGGACUGCUAGAUUCAAUCACUAGCACAGAGGAUGCCAAAGGAUGCCCUGGCGUUUGUGUACACACUCUAGCCACACUAAUCUGCUACGAAGUGUUGGAAGAUAUUCCAUGUCCUUCUCCCAGCAUGAGAUGCUGUGUCGAAAGUCAAGCUGCAGCGGCGAACAUUUCCACGACGACAUCGCGGCCCAAGCCGACUACAACUCCGAAACCAACGACUACUACACCGAAACCAACGACAGAAGCAAAAAUAAAAGAUAAAGAUAAGGAUAGCAAAAAUAAUUCGACCUGUCCUGGAGUGUGUGUGGCAGAUAGAAUAGCUGAAUACUGCGAAGCCUACCUCACGACACCAGCUCUAUGCAAGAGCGGAACGAAGUGUUGUGUUUCAAGGGACAUAUAUCCAGAUAAGCCACCAGCGGACCUCUACGUCCCAACGGCUCAUUAUGACAGUAAAGUUAAUAAAACUACAACACCCAAGCCGUAUUCGAAAACGACGACGGAUAAAACAGGUUCACAAGAAGAACCUCCCAAAUCGAAAACGAAUCCACCGCCAAAACCUACAAAGCCAACACCUUCCAAACACAAACCAACUAUUUCGGGCUCACAGGGAACCGUCCAUAAAUCGUGUGAAGGAGAAUGCGUAAAUGGUCUGUUUGCUCUAUUCUGUGACGAUGUUGACAGUGAAGCAUUUUGUCCGAAUGAAGGAUCUUGUUGUGUCACCGGAACUGGUGAGGACAACAAGCAAGAGAUUAUUUCAACUACAAGACGGCCCGCCACUCCGCCUCCAUUACCAAGAUGUCCUGGCUUCUGCAUGCUGAACAUCAUGGCAGCGUUCUGUGAACGACCGUCGGUGUUAAUACAACAUACAUCAAACUGCAAACGUGGAUCAGUUUGUUGUGACAACACCAAAGUUCCGGUCACCAGAGCUCCACCUAAGCGUCCUGUACCGACAACAACAACAACCACUCAAGCUCCAACAACAACUGUAGCACCUGAUCCUAGAGAAGAAUGUCCUGGAACGUGCAUUGUUGGGCUAUUGAGUUUCACAUGCUUCCGCAAUGCUGAAAUGACCGAUUUAUUCAAAUGUAAAAAAUCAGGAACCCAAUGCUGUGCUCCAAAGUCGAGAAUUCAAGAGGCGCAAAUGGCAUUCGGUAAAAUAAGACCUAACGAGACUGGAAUCUAUCCUCCUCCACCGCAGACUAUGGUGCAGCCUUACCCACCGCCUCCACAUCCAGCCUCGAUUCCCCAACAACAGCCACCGCCACCCAGCUAUGGACCUCCGGUUCCCAAUAGCUAUCCAGGACCAAUAAGCAAUAACAUUUACGAGAUCCCACCAACGCAACAGCCAGUACAUCAACAUUCUCCACCCAUCUACGAGCCACCGAGUUCAACAACAUCCGUAAGGCCACAAGUAUACUCAAAGUACGUCUGUGGUGUAAAGGGUACCAGCCGUGGAGCCCGAUCAUUCCUUGAUCGAACAGCGAUGGAACAUUUUGGCAUCCAACAGAGUCGCCAAGGACGGCACAUCGAAAUGGAAAAUAUCUAUCGUUUAAAGAGCACGGAACGUUUAGUUCUUGGUCAUAGCAUCGUUCCAAUUCCUAUCAUUUACAGUGACCACAAUGAUACCGUUCCUGAGGAUUUGAGUCAUCAUCCCAGCAUAAGCAGGGUCAAUUCGACAACAAUCAAAUAUUGGAACAGCCAUCGACAGGCUCGGGUUGUGGGUGGCGAAGACGGCGACAACGGUGAAUGGUGCUGGCAAGUCGCCUUAAUCAACUCACUGAAUCAAUACCUGUGUGGUGCUGCGCUCAUUGGUACCCAGUGGGUCCUAACAGCUGCACAUUGUGUAACGAACAUCGUUCGAUCUGGUGAUGCAAUCUAUGUCCGCGUUGGUGAUUAUGAUCUGACGAGAAAAUUCGGAAGUCCGGGUGCUCAAACACUCAGGGUAGCAACGACCUACAUCCAUCACAAUCACAAUAGUCAAACUUUGGACAAUGAUAUUGCCCUGCUGAAACUGCAUGGGCAGGCUGAGCUGAGGGAUGGUGUAUGUCUAGUUUGUUUGCCGGCAAGAGGCGUGAAUCAUGCGGCCGGAAAGCGUUGCACGGUCACAGGGUACGGUUACAUGGGCGAAGCUGGACCAAUCCCCUUGCGAGUACGCGAAGCAGAAAUUCCAAUCGUAAGCGACGCUGAGUGCAUACGAAAGGUUAAUGCGGUCACGGAGAAGAUCUUCAUACUGCCAGCGUCGAGUUUUUGCGCCGGAGGAGAGGAAGGCAACGAUGCCUGCCAAGGUGACGGAGGCGGUCCGCUUGUCUGCCAGGACGAUGGGUUCUAUGAACUCGCCGGUCUAGUGUCCUGGGGAUUCGGUUGUGGUCGGGUUGAUGUACCGGGUGUCUACGUCAAAGUGUCUUCGUUCAUCGGUUGGAUCAAUCAGAUCAUCAGUGUAAAUAACUUAUGAUCUGCCAAACUGUCGAACCUUCAUUCCGUGAAGAAAGUCUUUGUACAUUCCUCUAGAUCAAUAUGUAAUUAGAUGAUAGAAUGUUCGCAAUAAGUUAAAUUAUUAUUAUUUAUAAAGACCUCACUCAUUUUAUCUAACCAUAAGAUUUCAUCUACACUCCACCCUACAAUUUAUUCUAGAAGUCAUCCUGUACACUUCACAAAAUUUCACAUAGCAAUUAUGAUAAUAAUUUAUAUAGUAGUUCGAACAAUCUAAAUAGGUGUUCAAGAAAAAAAAAUUCUCAAAAGCAUUUGAUGAAUGUUAUGCAAAAGAAAAAGAUGUACGAUGGAAUAUCAAAUCAAGGAUCAUUUAAGAGAUCGCUCAUGUUACAAUAAGGAAAAUAUAUCUCUAUAAUAUGGAAACUGUUCUUCAAUCAACCCGUGUCCUC